AGGCUACAUGUGAUCCUGUAGGGAGGUGUUUGUCUAAAAAAGACUUUUUCCAACAGCCAGCCUACAGUAUUUGAAAGCUGACCGUCUCUCUGGCUCCCUCGCGGUGCUCCUUCCUCCGUUCACAUUUGGGAUAUUUGCAUCAGUUUUGGGUCUCUUCCCGGAGAGUGACGCGCUGCAGCUGCGAGAAUGGGAGACGCUCAGUCUGCGCAACGGGAGGGCAUGAAGGAUGAAGCUGGUGAGGAGGAGAGCGGAAAAGUGGAUGAUGCUCAGGCAGAGCAGAGCCCUGAGGACAAGCCUUUCAAAAACAAUGGGCAGAUCUCUGAGAUCAGUGAAAAAGCAGGCAGCUCAAUAGCCAAGGUUAAUGACCACUGUGAGGAUGAGAUCGCUACAGACGCUGUCCUAACACCAGAUGAAGAGGUUUCAGAAACAGAAAAUCCACUUGAAGUUGAAGAAGAAACACCAUCCAAACACAUUGAAAAAAAUGAAAUUGAAUCCUCCAAUGAGGCUGAUGUUGCUGAAGAUGUACCACUAGACAUGAUAGAAAUGGAUGCAAAGACCAAUGACAUCAAUGAUGGUUUUAGAAGGUUUUUCAGUAACAUUGGUUUGAGAUUGUCGAUAAAGAGGGGCUCAACUGAUUUGUUAAGGGAUUUGCCGGAUGAGACUAACCAGGAUGAACCAAGCGGACAAGAAAACCUUGAAGAUUCUGCAGAGGAACUCCCAAUUGAAGAUGCUGAACAGAAUACCGAUGUGAAUAUAGCACAAGUGUCUACUGACAAUGAUUCCACGACAUGUCCAACCAUGACAGAUGUUACACCAGAGGAUGUUCUAGAAAAUGCAGAGGAAAAAGCAACAGAAGCCAAAGAGGAUGUUGAAUCUGAUAAUGCUGAUUCAAUAACAUCGCCUGCAGUAGAAGACACACAGCAGGAUACCACACCUGAGGAAGAGCCAAAUUCACUGUCUCCCCCUGAACAAGCGGAUGUCGUAUCUCCAAUUAAAAGAUUUUUUACAACUGGAAUCUUUUCUGGACUACGGAAAAAGAGGAAAGCUGUAGAAGAUGAUGUAAAUGAGAAAGAAAUGGUUGACAUGGGAAAAAAUGAAGCUGUAGAGUUGGCGGAAGAAACCGAAUAUGACCAACAAGAGGAUAAAGAGCAAAUUGAUCGAGGUGUUGAGGCAGCUGUAGUCGAUACAGAAGUUAAAGAAAAUGAACUCAAGCAGGAAAUCCUGAGUGUAACAUCAGCUAAGAAGGCAGAUGAAGGAAAAUCACCAACCACGGAUCAUUCAACUGCUAUUGAUACUACUACUAUUUUCCCUGAAUCUGAAACUCCAAAUUCUCAAGAGAAGGACAAAGUCCAAGCAAGCCCUCUAAAAAGGCUGCUGUCAGGUUCUAGCUUUAAGAAACUCUCCAAAAAGCCAAGAAGUAGGCGGUCAAGUGAUGCCAAGCUGUCUGACUCUGGAGAACAUGCUGCAGAUCAGCUCCUGUCCUCGACAGAGUCAACUGAGAAUCAGAAAGAAGAGAAAUCGACGCAGCCCUCCCCAGAGGCAGCAGGACAAGAGGAUGGUGCAUGGGUGUCCUUCAAAAAACUUUUGACUCCUAAAAAGCACACAAGGACACCUUCUUUGAGCAAUAAAGAGACAGAAAUCCCAGAUUCAGGCGAAGAACCUAAACCAAGUGACGGAGAGCAAAUAUCAGAUCACAGCACAGAAGAGGGCAAAAAAAGAAAAGACUCAUCAGUGUCAUGGGAAGCCGUCUUGUGCGGAUCUGGAAAGAAGAGAAGUCGAAAAACGUCAGACUCUGAAGACGAAUCACCUCAGAUUGAUGAUAACAAGCAAGACAUUGGUUCUAAAAAUGGUGCAGAAUUACCUGAAGAAAGUGCAAAUGAGAAAAAGAAUGAUGUUUCAGUGUCUUCCCCGAAACAAAGUCCUUUAAUAGGUGAUGGAGGGUCAACCUGGAAAUCAUUUAAAAGACUUGUCACUCCUAAAAGGAAGGCUAAGGAUGAGGACGAAAGCAAAGACAAUAUACAAUCUGAUAGUGAGGUUUCUCAAGAUGAGUCUUCCUUUUCAAUAAAGAAACUCCUACCUGGACGGAAAAAGAGGAAGUCUGCUGAAAAGCAAGACCACAUAUCUUCAGAUGAGGCCGAUAAGGAUGUACCUUCAGAUGAUGAAGACUCUGAGACACCAGCUGUGGUUCCAAUGUCUGAGUUUGACACACCAGAAUCAGUGAUUCAAAUACAAACUCAGGUUGAUAUAGAAAGUCACUUCCCCAAGGAAGUCCCACAAGACCUUGUUCAACAGAUGCCUAAACAAAUCCUAUCCUGUGAUAGUCUGCAGAAUGAAGCAAAGAAAUUGAAAGAAAAUGGUGAUGCUGUAGAUAAUGGGACAUCUACAAUACCUGCUAAAAUUGAACAACUGGAUGAUGUUUCAGAAAUAAUCAGUAAACAUCAACAGCUCAGUGACAUUACAGAGGAGGGCAUGAUUACAGAGACCAUGGCCACUCCGGUUUCAAUCAAUGAGGAGGUAGGUAGAGAUGACACUCUAGCUGAGGACUUGUUAGAGAUCACAUCUGAGGCCAUCACUGCACCAGAGCCUGCCUCAGUUACCACACUAGCAGACGAAACUGAGAUGAUCUCUGCAGUCUCCCAGUUAUCUUCAGAAUCAUCAAAAACAUCAGGCAACACAACGCCAGUCCCAGCAGAGUAUGAGGUCAAGGAAACAGAAGAACUCUUGCAUCAAGUUGUUGAAAACAUCUCCACAAGUCCAAUGGCGGUCCCAAUUUCCUCAACCACUCCAAAGUCUGAAAGUAUUGUUGGUUCAGUCUUGCAUCAUAUAUUCAGAACAUUUGUAAAAGAAGACAAGGAGACUACAAUUCUGGAAAUACACAGAAAGUCAGAUGCAACUGCCAUUAAUACAGGUCAAACUGCUGAAGAACUGGAUGCAGUAAAUGAAGUUAGAGCUACAGCCCAAACAGAGAGCAUAUCUGAGGUCAAUGACUCUGAUCCCAAAGAGUUUUUACCAGAUGUUCGCGAGAAGCUUGACACUGCUGAAAUUACUAAAGAUGAAGUCCAUGAGGACCAUCCAAUAGAUCCAGAACAAAGCUUAAAAGAACUUGAAAGGAUCAAUGAAAUUGAAAAUGACAGCCAUCAUCAGGAUGAAAGUCAAUUAGACGCAAAUGCAGCAGGUUCUGUAGUUGAAUCACUUCAAGCUGAAAUGGAGACCCCAAAAAUGGGAACAGAGGACCCACCUUCAAAGGAAUUCAAAGAGGAAACAGAGCUCCCAAGGGAAGUCAAAGUUGAGCCAGAAAAAGUAGAUGAAAGUUAUACAGAUGCUUGCAAAACUGAAUAUGUCCAAUUACCAGAUGCCAUAAAAGGUGUGCAAGCAACUAUGAACCCCAACCAAAAACUGAAGUGGGGGAUGAGCCGGAACAAAAAUUACCAGAUGAAGUUGUAA